UAAUAUCCCAAUGUCGCCAAACCAAGUGCCUCGUGGAGGGAGAAACGUAAUUCCAGUCGAAAGAAAAAUCUCCCUCUCCGUAGUCCGUCCCGUCGGCCAAAUGCUAAAAAAACAUUGGUCCCAUUCCCAGUCUCAACAAACACGUCUAUCCUCUUUUGUCUUGUUUUUCUCCGAAUGAGAUACAUAUGCUUGAAUUCAGGAAUAGUAUGCCAAAUGCGGCGCAAGUCACAGCUCGAACAAUCCCCACCUGCUAAUAUUUAAGCGUUUCCCGUUUGGAGUUGACAGAAAUAUGGCUGUGGAAUCCCAAUCGCAGAAGAAGAGUUACUGUCUCGUCGGAGAUGUAUAUCGUGGUGUCAUGACUGUACCCAAGGAGUUGGACCUUUCUCCUACCAAGGAUCUCAUGCACCACCAAAUUAACCUUCAACUCAAGUUCCCUGACGUUGGUCGAGCCUUUACCAAUUUUACCAGGACUAGAGAAGUCGGUGAAUUUCUCAGUGGUGCUUUGGCUGGGGCGAUGACCAAGGCCGUUCUAGCUCCUCUUGAAACCAUCAGGACAAGAAUGGUAGUCGGUGUUGGGUCCAAAAACAUCGGUACAAGUUUUAUUCAGGUUAUUGAGCAGCAGGGUUGGAAAGGGCUGUGGGCUGGUAACACAAUUAACAUGUUACGGAUAAUUCCUACACAGGCAAUUGAACUUGCUACAUUUGAGUGUGUCAAGCGAGCAAUGAAUUCGGCACAAGAGAAAUGGAUCAAUACUGGCAACCCCAAGCUACAGAUUGGUAAUGCUAGCAUGAGCUUUUCUCUCUCAUGGCUGUCGCCAGUUGCUGUUGCUGGUGCUGCUGCUGGAGUUGCAGGCACACUUGCAUGUCAUCCGCUUGAAGUGCUGAAGGAUCGGCUGACUGUGAAUCCUGAGGUCUACCCCAGUCUACGCAUUGCAGUUCACAAAAUUUACAAGGAGGGUGGAAUUGGAGGCUUGUAUGCUGGACUUGGGCCAACAAUAAUUGGCAUGCUCCCGUAUAGCACUUGUUACUAUUUCAUGUACGAGACAAUAAAGAAAUCAUAUUGCCAAGCACAGAAGAAAAAAGCUCUAAGCCGUGCAGAGAUGCUUCUUAUUGGAGCUUUCUCGGGUUUAACAGCUAGCACUAUCAGUUACCCAUUGGAGGUGGCAAGAAAGCGGCUAAUGGUGGGUGCUUUGCAUGGUAAAUGUCCACCUCACAUGGUCGCAGCACUUUCAGAAGUCGUUAGGGAUGGGGGUUUGUUAGGCCUUUAUAGAGGCUGGGGUGCGAGUUGCCUAAAAGUAAUGCCAUCAUCAGGCAUUACUUGGAUGUUCUACGAAGCUUGGAAAGAUAUAUUGCUUGCUGAUAGACGUCAUGUGUUACAGUAGUAGCACAAGAAAUGAAAUCGUAUUUCCACCGUCCCAUGCGUACAAUGAUUUGACUACCGUAACGUACUCAAGCUGGAAGCUGGCGAUGGUAAGAUGGGUUAACCGUGGUGUCUGUCAUGCAUCCAGAAUUUUUCUUUCCCAUCUUCCUGAAAUUUCUUUAACAUUACUGUAAACGACAGAACAUGCAUUUAUGAUUACUGCAAGAAUUACAAGCUUUUGCCUUUGUAAUUUCUUCGAGUACUUGUUUCUCAAGGGUCAGUGUUGUGGUACUACUUGGUUUGAGAAGCAAGGGCAGUCAAGUUUGGAGAAGCAAAUGGGCCAAAUUGUUUUAUUUUCCUACAUGUUGAUCUGGGGACAACGGGGGCUUCUGAUUUUGGUGUACUCGGUUGAUGCUCUGUAGUGUCAUGUUUUUCUAUUUUUCUUUAUGUUUAUUUGGUUGAUGCUCUAUACGGCACGCAUAAGUUGUGUAAUGGUGCAGAGUACUUAGUAGCAACUAAUAAAUUAAUGAGACUGGAACAUCACAUUACGAUGCUUUUCUUCUUGAAA